CAAAGGGUCCGUCCGUGAUGGCCGAAGAGACAGAAACCCCUGGCUUUAGCCGGCUAAUGGAGCUGCUCCAAGGCAGUUACCUCCGCAAGGGAGUGCGUAAGAGUGUAGCAUCCAAACUGGAGGAGACAGAGGCUCGGUUGCAGGGGGCUAGGAGACGCUACCUGGAGCUCAGUCUCGUCCAUUCUGAGCUUGCCGCGACCCUCGACAGACGGCAUGCUUCCUCCACCACCAACCCUCGCAGUGGAAGACCCAGUGAUGACGGUGGUGGUAGAGGAGGGAGAGAGGUGCUAGCAGCAGGAGAGGCCCAGCACUGCCUGAGGCUCCACCCACAGGCCACUCUGCUUGGUCUCUCUAGUGACCACCUCAGACUUGCAGGAGGGAGGCCACUCACUGGGACAGGGAAGGAGGCUGUUCUGAGGGAGGUACAAGAGCGGCUGAAGGCCAAGUGUCUGAGAGUUGCCCAGUGGCACUCGGAAGGAAAAGCCAGUGGAUCAGAGAGUCUUCAGCUGGCCAAGGCAGCCCAGCUGCCUGGACUGGUAGCCCAACAGAUCAACUCACUGGACUCUGUGGAGGCUCAGCUCAGGGAGAAGAGGAAGGAGAACGCCCUGAGACAGCACCAGCACUACAAAAUACUAGUCGAGACAAGUGAGAUGUUGCAUGGAGCACUGGAACAGGCUCGGCUCGGCAGUGUGGCCAGAUCUGAGCAAGUACGACUGGACUACCUGCAGGCUCGAACCACUGCCCUCCUCGGGAAACAAGAUGUGAUGUACUAUCAGUUGUUGAAAGGGAUCUGUUCCGAUGGGAGACUGCAGGCACUGAAAGAGAUCAGGAGUCUCAUGGCUGCUCGGCUGCGAGGGGUGGAAGAGCAGCUGGCUCAGACCCAGCACACACUGAGGCACUACCACAGUCUGGGUCCAGAGCUGGCCUCCCUGGCCCAGCAGUACGCAGCCACUCUGGCUGAGAUUGAGAACAAACAGUGGGCACUCACCGAACUCCUAAAGUCAUGCCCAACAACCAACUAAAAAUAAAGCUGAACUUCAUGCAUCAUUACACGACUAAUUUUGUUUGAAACAAAGUUUCUACAUAGGUCAAUUUUCUGCUCAUCCGUGUAUAUAAUUAUUCUGAUAAAAAAAAAGUUCACAGCCCAAUGCGG